GCUCCGGACCCGGGGAGGCGGGGCGGAGCGGAGCGCGACCCCGACGCUCCUCCCCGGAAGGGCUCGGCGGCGCGGCGGCGGCAAGAUGGUGCGGAAGCUGAAGUACCACGAGCAGAAGCUGCUGCGGCGGCUGGAGCUGGUGAGCUGGGAGGCGGCGCCGGGUAACCUGGCCGAGGUGCGGGCGCUGCGGCGGUACCGCGUGGGGCGGCGCGAGGACUACGCGCGGUACAAAGCGCUGGCCCGGGAGGUGCGCGCCCUGGCGCGGCGGCUGCGGGAUCUGAGCCCGGCCAGCGCCGCCUUCCGCAGCCGCUGCGCCGCCGCGCUGCUGGAGAAGCUGUACGCGCUGGGGCUCGUGGCCUCGCGGCGCUCCCUGGCCGUGUGCGAGCGCGUGUCCGCCGCCUCGUUCUGCCGCCGCCGCCUGCCCUGCCUGCUGCUGAAGCUGCGCAUGGCGCAGAACGUGCGGCACGCCGUCACCUUCGUGGAGCAGGGCCAUGUCCGCGUCGGGCCCGAGGUGAUCACCGACCCCGCUCUGCUCGUGCCCCGCGCCAUGGAGGACUUCAUCACCUGGGCCGACGCCUCCCGCCUGCGCCUCAAGGUGCUCGACUACAACCAGGAGCGCGACGACUUCGACCUGGCGGCGUAGAGGCGGCCGGAGCGGGGCUGCGACGCGCGGGGAGCCCUACUGACAGACCGCCCAGCCGUUCGCAGCCCGCAGAGCCCACACAGCCCUGACUGCACCGCACUGCGCUGCCCGGAACGCACACGUGCUGCCUGAGCCCGCGGUGACGCUGCCGGGCUUCUACACAGCCAGAAGUGCAGGGCGCCUCGGCUGCCCGCAGCCCUGCGGUGCUCCUUGCUGAGAGCAGCGCUGCAGGAGCUUUGCACGUGGCCGAGCAGCCGCUGUGCCCGGCUCUGCUGCUGCAGGGGCUGCGUGGCAGCACCACAGUCCUGCUCCGCUCGUCGCAGCGCUGCCCAGAGCAGCGUGUCAGCAGGGGAAUGAGCGCUGUGUGGUCAGCAAUGGACCAAGUGCUGGAUUUGGGGAACUGUGGGAGUUUGGGCCUCAAAUACAACAAACAAAAGCGAACUUGGUUUUCCUGUGAAGCCUUAAAGCUUAGGGUGGGCUGCAGCUCAGUGCUGGGUGGCUGUGGGGGGGUUAUUCCUCAUCCAAAAAAGGCAGAAAUAAAACAUCACGUUUUGGAAGAGCUCCGUGUGGUGUCAUAUUGCCUUUCCUGUUGGCAAAUCCCAGUGAGCUCCGCUUCUCAUCUCACAGAGCUGCUUUUUGCCGCAGCACCACAAGCAGCCUGCUAGGCUGCAUUUGCUCACGGUUUUAGGCUGGAGAAGAGAAGGCUGCAGGGAGACCUCAUUGUGGCCUUCA